UCAUAAACCGUCGAGCAAAUGGUUUGACUAACAAAGUUCAACAGGCGUAUCGGUCGAACAUUAAACAUUUAAUAGCUAUAUCGUAUUUGGUGCACACGUCUGGUUUUUCCCAAUAAUAAAAAAUUAGCGGUAAUUUGUCUGUGAAAAGUGGCAGGCAGUAUUAUCAGUCGACAAUUGUAUAAAUGUUAACACGAAAAUAACAUUAUUUCAACGCACUGAUAAAGACUAGCGGGCGUAGAAACUGGAAAACGGAAACUACUAUGUCCGAGAAUCAGCAGCCUGUGGUUAGUAGAGCCCAGCCAGUCGUCGACUACGGCAGUACGAUCCGCACGGAAUCGCAGCGCCGACCCACAUUUAUUCCGUUCGAAUCUCCGCGACGCUAUUCGAAAAUGGGACACAAUUCGCUAUCCGGCCAUGAGGGUCAGGAUCGCUUGCAGCGAUUGGAAUACUUUCUGAAUGUUCUAAAUCAGAUGUGCAUUGGAUUUAUCACCAUCUAUAUGACCUACAUAACCACGCGAACUGGAUUAUCUGGUACCAGUCUGCAUGCCUGGCUGGUGACCAUUGGGUUCUCCUUCUUUAUGGCCGAGGGAGUUAUGAUCCAUUACGGUGGAAAUGUCUUGACAAACGGAUAUAAACGCCAAACGAAGACCACAAUACAUUGGAUAGUCCUGACAUUAGGAGGCGGUUGUGGUGCAGCUGGAGCUCUUAUCAAAAUGAUACAGAAGGGGUUUUUGUUUCAAACCACACAUGGCAAGCUGGGAUUGACCGCUUUCAUACUAUGCAUUCUGGCCAUGACCUCCGGCUUGGCUGCACUUUUCUCCCCGCGUGUGAAGAAACUAAUCACACCCUUACUGAACAAGACAUUCCACAAUUUCCUGGGAUUCGCCUGCUUUGUGAUCGCACUGGUAACCCAGUAUUACGGCUACCAGACGGGAUAUUUCACGAGCCGCAGUGAGACAGAUUUCCAAACCCUGAUGAAGUGCAUCACCCUCACAUCGUUGGUUCUGACGAGCUAUGGUCCCAUAAAGGCACUCUAUCAAAAGUGUAAAAGUAUAUCCCAGCAGUUUUAAGUAGGAGAAACAGACUUAGCCUUCGAGUGUACAUAGAUAUGUAAAUAAAUAAAUUAAAAUCUUA